ACCAUCUGUCGCUCCUCAAAACCAUACCUUAUAUCGGUCUACAUUCUACCCAAAGUCCACAGGCUGUGCCAGCACCCUGCUGAUAUACACUUUACGCCAACAUAAAGCACUCCCAAGCUUCCUUCGAAAACUCCAGACUGCAGUCGUCAUGACUACGUCCCACCACCCCGCUGCCAUGGCCGCUCAGAGCCCUGACAGUGUGCCAAAAAGGCCAAAGGGCAUCCUGAAAAAUUCUAACACCCAGAUUCCGCAAGUCUCUCCCGCAGCGCCUGUUGCGGCGGUGAUCGCUACGCCAUCUCCCGACCUCGUUGAUACCAAAGAGAUCACUAUGCAGAACACCCUUCAGAAUGCUGGACGCCGACGCUCUUCUUCCAAUGCUCGUCGGGCUUCUACUUCCAGGCGCCAGUCUUCCGCCAGCGCCCACGACGAGAAUUCGCCCCGCUUGAGGUGGGAUGAGGCCAAUCUCUACCUGGCGGAACAGGAGAAAACCGCCAAGAUGAAGAUCGAUGAGCCCAAAACACCCUAUGCGCCACAUUACGAUCCAUCGCAAGAUGAGGAUGAGAUGGAAUUGGCAGAAGCAGAGGAUAGACUUAUCGACGCUCAAGACAUCGUUGUCGAUGAACUCGACAACAAGCAUGCAGAACAGAAGAAAAAAUCGGGAAUGCGGGAGGAGGACAUUCCAGACUUGGAACUGGGUGAACCAGAAGAAGAGCUCCCGUCCGGUUCCAGAACUGGUGAUGAGCGUAUCUUCCGCGAGCGCAGUCUCAGUGGUGAUUCCAGCAAGGGCGAAAAGCAUGUUAUUGUUGGUUCAGAGGAUGCAAAUGGCGGGGAAGAGACCGGGGAGCACCUCCUGACCACCGAAGAGGCUAGAGAGAAGCACCGUCAAUUUGAGGAACGGAGGAAGAGGCACUAUGAGAUGAAGGAUAUCAAGGGUCUUCUUGCCCAUCCUGAGGAGUUAGAUGAAAUGGUCGAAGACGAUGACGAAGAUGAAAACUCCACUCCUGCGCAGCCUCCUGCUGUUCCAAAGAUUCCUGAGCACUUUGUGAACGGAAAAUGAAGAACGACCAUCACU